AUGAGCCACCUCUUCGGUCCCAGGCUGCCCGCUCUGGCCGCCUCGCCCAUGCUCUAUCUGUAUGGCCCCGAGAGACCCGGGCUGCCUCUGGCCUUCGCCCCCGCGGCCGCCCUGGCGGCCACGGGCCGGGCAGAGCCCCCGCAGAAGCCGCCCUACAGCUACAUCGCGCUCAUAGCCAUGGCGAUCCAGGACGCGCCCGAGCAGAGGGUCACGCUCAACGGCAUCUACCAGUUCAUCAUGGACCGCUUCCCCUUCUACCACGACAACAGGCAGGGCUGGCAGAACAGCAUCCGCCACAACCUCUCGCUCAACGACUGCUUCGUCAAGGUGCCCCGCGAGAAAGGACGGCCGGGCAAGGGCAGCUACUGGACGCUGGACCCUCGCUGCCUGGAUAUGUUCGAGAAUGGCAACUACCGUCGCCGCAAGAGGAAGCCCAAGCCGGGCCCCGGCGCCCCGGAGGCCAAGCGCGCUCGUGCCGAGACGCACGAGCCGCGCACGGUGGACGGCCCGGGGACCCCUCCGCGCCCCGCCUGCCGCAGCUCCCCGAAGAGCUCCGACAAGUCCAAGAGCUUCAGCAUAGAGAGCAUCCUGGCGGGACGGCAGGGUCAGAAGCCGGCGGCAGCGGCCGAGCUCCUGGGACUCGCCAAGCAGGAGCCCGGCGGCUGUUUGGGCACCUCGCUCCUGGCCACCUCCGCGAGUCUCCGUGCGCCUUUCAACGCUUCCCUCAUGCUGGACCCGCACGUCCAGGGCGGCUUUUACCAGCUCGGGAUCCCUUUCCUCUCCUACUUCCCUCUGCAGCUCCCGGACACCAUGCUUCACUUCCAGUAAAGCCAACGGUGGAGCCGGUCUUCCCCCUGCCCCCAGGUCUGAGCUUCUUGAGAGUCACCAUGGCUCCCACCGCUGGGGGAAGGAGUCACUUAAGGAAAGAAAGAAAGA